AUGGCUCCCAAGGUUGCAAUUGUUUACUACUCUCUCUACGGACAUAUCCGCACUCUCGCCCUCGCUGUCAAGGAGGGUGUCGAGGCUGCUGGUGGUAAGGCUGAUCUCUUCCAGAUUGCUGAGACUCUCCCCGAGGAGGUCCUCGCCAAGAUGGGUGCCCCUGCCAAGUCUAACGACCCUAUUGCCGACCCCGUUGCUCUUUCCAAGUACGACGCUUUCUUGUUCGGUAUCCCUACCCGUUUCGGUAACUUCCCUGCUCAGUGGAAGGCCUUCUGGGACCGUACCGGUGGUCUCUGGACCCAGGGUGGUUUCCACGGCAAGUACGCCGGUAUCUUUGUCUCCACUGGUACCCCCGGUGGUGGCCAGGAGGUUACUGCUCUCAACGCCCUCUCCACCUUGACUCACCACGGUAUCAUCUACGUUCCUUUGGGUUACGCCAAGGCUUUCAAGGAGAUCACCUCCUUUGAUGAGAUCCACGGUUCUUCUCCUUGGGGUGCUGGUACCUACGCUGGUGCUGAUGGCUCUCGCCAGCCCAACAAGACCGAGCUUGCCAUUGCUAAGAUCCAGGGCAGCGCUUUCUACGAGACCGUCAACAAGGCUUUUUAA